UACAUUAAAAAAAGUAAAUUAAUCCCUUGCGACGUUUGAAACUAGCUGAAUCACAAAAUCUGAAUUUGUGUGAAUAUUUAAUAUUUGUUUGGCUCAUCCCAUGUAAUUCAACACGUCUUCAAAAUGUUACAUAUUCAAACAAAAUUUAUUUUAAAAAAGAGAAAUGGACGAAUCUACCAAUAACAGGAAGCCACGCAACUGGGCAAGUGUAAUGGUGGAACUUCAUUGGGUUUUAAUGGGAAUAUCAAUUGAGUGUGACCCAAACCUCUAAAAUAAAGGCACAUCAACCGCACCACCCCCCAAAAUUAGGGGCCAACCACCGUCUUCAAUAAUAUAAAAGCAGAUUUGAAAAAAAAAACAAAACAAAACAAAAAAACAGGUGACAAGUUGUAUCCCAAUCUUUAAACAAAAACGCAGAGAAUAAUUUUAUUUAUUUAUAAAAAAGAUUGAGAGUUGGGCAUUAUUAUAGUUGUGUUUCUCCGAUCUGCAAUUUUCUUGUUUCAAAAUGAGCACGAGCGCUGUUGUUCUUCAUGCCCUAAACAACUUGACCGUUACCAGAUUCGUGGAAGACGCGACGUCGUUUGAGAAAUGCAGCAAGGAAUGUUUCGGUGCGCUUGAUGCGGAUGGCAAGGGAGGCUUAUCGAGGGAAAAGCUCCGGGCAGGGUUUGGUAAGCUGUUGCCGGGCAUAGGGUACGUGUCGCAGCCCAAGGACGAGAUCAACGUUCUGCAUGAUGCGAUAUUUAAGAGAUUUGAUGCGGAUCAAAAUGGUGUGAUUGAUUGUCAUGAGUUUAAGUCCCUGUUGAUGGAGACCAUGCUCGCCGUGGCACGAGGGAUCGGAGGUUCGCCGGUUCUCGUGGCACUUGAGCAUGGCAGCCUCCUUAGGAAGGCGGCUGAACAUGAACAAGCUCGAACAUCCAACUAGAGAGAUGAAUUCAUAUGAUGUUUGUAUGUUGUUUUGCCAUACCAAUCCAGAUUGUAAAUAAUUUGUGCUCUUUACCGGUUUUUGCAAUUUCGGAAUAUUUGUUCGAUUUAUUUACAGCUGGUAAUAUAUAUGCAGCACUCUUAAUUUGAAAUUUCUGGAAAACGUCUGCAAAUUGUUGUUGUUGGUUUGGUUUGGGCCCUAAUCCCUUUCAUGUUAUCCUACAAAAGAAUGAUCUGCAAAUUAUUGUAUUGUAGUAAACUUUAGGUUAAAGUCUUUCAAGACUUUACCUAUAGAUCCGUUUUCACAUGAAUUGUGAUCACUUGGUUUUAUGUCA